AUCCAAAUUUUCAAUUUGGCAGUUCAUCCUAACCUCCUACCUCAAGAUAAUAACAGUGUGAAAGAGACAUAACACACUAACACAGCACGCCUCAAGCCCGUCACUCGAUCCACACUCCUUUCUCCCUCAAUCAGCUCCUUAAAUACAACAGCAAGUGUGUGUGUAAACAAGCUCAUAAUAAUUCAGACAUAAACACACAUCCAACAGACACCAACCAACGCCCAUCACCCGCGCCGGACAUCCUGCUCCCCCGGGCGCGCACGGGCGAGCGCUAGCUGCCAGCAGUCGUCGCGCGCCACCAUGGUGUUCGACGCGAGCGGCAGCAGCUCGCCAGCGACGGCGCCGCCGCCGUCGGGGAACCCUCUGGGCGUGAUCCUGACGCGGCGGUUCGCGCGGCAGGUGCUCCUGGGCCGGUGGUUCACGGUGUUCGCGAGCCUGCUCAUCAUGGCGGCCUCCGGCGCGACGUACAUCUUCGGGAGCUACUCCGGCACGCUCAAGUCGUCGCUCGGGUACGACCAGCGCACGCUCAACACGGUCUCCUUCUUCAAGGACCUCGGCGCCAACCUGGGCGUCUUCUCGGGCCUCAUCAACGAGGUGACGCCGCCGUGGGUGGUGCUGGCCAUGGGCGCCGGCAUGAACCUCUUCGGCUACCUCAUGGUGUACCUCGCCGUGUCGGGCCGCACGUCGCGCCCGCCGCUGUGGCUGGUGUGCCUCUACUUCUUCGUCGGCUCCAACUCGCAGUCGUUCGCCAACACGGGCGCGCUGGUCACCUGCGUCAAGAACUUCCCGGAGAGCCGCGGCGUGGUGCUGGGCAUCCUCAAGGGCUUCGUCGGCCUCAGCGGCGCCGUGUACACGCAGCUGUACCAGGCGCUCUACGGCGGCGACGACGCCGAGUCGCUGAUCCUCCUCAUCGCGUGGCUCCCCGCCGCGGUCUCCGUCGUGUUCGUCCACACCAUCCGGUACAUGCCGUACCCUCCGCGGCGGCGGCGGCGGCGCGGCGGCGGCGGCGGAGGAGGGCAGGAGACGAGCUCCGACCCGUUCUUCUGCUUCCUCUACCUGUCCAUCGCGCUGGCGUGCUUCCUCCUCGUCAUGAUCGUGGUGCAGCAUCAGGUCCCCUUCUCCCGCGACGCGUUCGGCGUCGCCGCCACGCCGCUGCUCAUCCUCCUCCUCAUGCCCCUCUGCGUCGUCGUCAAGCAGGAGUACAAGAUCUACCGCGAGCGCCAGCUCGACGCCGCCGACCCCACGCCGCCCACCAUCACCGUCGACGACGGUGGUGCCGGUACUGCUCCUCCUCCACCACCACCAUCAUCAUCAUCCAGCGUCCUCCAGAUGUCAGCAGCAGCAACGGACGACACCACCACCACCACCACCAAGAAAACAGAGCAGCCGUCCUCGUCGUCGUCUUGCCUGGGGUCGUUGGGCAAGUGCGUGCGGACCAUGUUCCGUCCACCACCUCGCGGCGAGGACUACACGAUCCUACAAGCACUAGUGAGCGUAGACAUGCUCGUCCUGUUCGUGGCGACCAUCUGCGGCGUGGGCGGCACACUAACGGCGAUCGACAACAUGGGGCAGAUCGGGGAGUCGCUGGGCUACCCAUCCAAGAGCAUCAACACCUUCGUCUCCCUCAUCAGCAUCUGGAACUACGCCGGCCGCGUGACCGCCGGCUACGCCUCGGAGGCCGUGCUGGUCCGGUACCGCGUGCCACGCCCGGUGCUCCUGACGGCGGUGCUCCUGCUGGCGUGCGCGGGGCACGUGGUGAUCGCCCUGGGCGUCGGCAACGGGCUGUACGCGGCGUCGGUGGUCAUCGGGUUCUGCUUCGGCGCGCAGUGGCCGCUCGUGUUCGCCAUCAUCUCCGAGGUGUUCGGGCUCAAGUACUACUCCACGCUCUACAACUUCGGCGGCAUGGCCAGCCCCGUCGGGUCGUACAUCCUCAACGUGCGCGUCGCCGGGAGGCUCUACGACGCCGCCGCCGCGCGGCAGCGUAACGGCGCCGGUGGAGGAGGGAAGCACGACAAGCUGUGCCUCGGGGUGGAGUGCUAUAAGAGGUCCUUCUUGAUCAUCACGGCGGCGACGGUGGCCGGCGCGGCCGUGUCGCUGGUGCUGGUGUGGCGGACGUGGAGGUUCUACAGGGGCGACAUCUACGCGAGGUUCCGGGACGGCGACGGCGGCGAGGGCGAGGGCACGGGAAAGGACGGGCGGCUGCCGGUGGACCGGCGGGGGGUGGGAGAGGAGGAGGAGGAGGAGGAGGAGGAGAGGGAGAAGGCGGCCAAUGGCAGGAAGGGGUGAGCCGGUGAGGUGGCGGAGCGGGAGGGGAAGGAAGGCCCACAGCUCGGGUGUGUUGACUUGGUCGACGCAGAUGCGGUGGCUUGAUUCCACUGGCGGGUUUGACUCGGGGCUCCGUUUCCCAGGGGCCACGGCUAGGUAGAUGCUGAAGCAGUGAAGCGGGAGCCUAGUAGUAGUAGUACAUACACGUCCUCCUUGGUGAAACGCACAGUACUCCUACUACUGUCGUGCUGUACAAAAGUACAAAAGCUAAAAUAUACUACUAGAAAAGCACGUAUACGGCGUGGAAGGCCACUCUUGGAAGAAUGACGAGUGGGGUCUACUAGUGUUGCAUUCACCCGUGAUGACUGAUGAUGGGAACACAACAGGUACUAGUAUACUCCUCUGUCCUAGUAUAUAAGGCAUAACUACUUCGGGUUCAAAGACCAAGAAUACAUUUAAUUCUCUCUCACA